AUGAAUGAAGAAUUCACUUUAAGAAUAAUUGAUGGUUUUGAUGUGAAUCCCGGCUGUUUAAAAUGUCGAAGAAAAAGAAUUAAUAGUACGCAAUUUUGUGGUCGAUGUUUUGCCACGAAUUCUUUAAUUGUUAACAGUGGCAAUAUAAAUAUUGAUGAUUUCAUCAAAGAAACACAUUCACCAUUUAAGAAUCUUAAUGUUCCAUUUUUAGAAUGGGCACCAUAUGAUGAAUUUACAAAUAUAGAACUUAUUGGGAUAGGUGGUUUUAGCCAAAUUUAUAAAGCAACUUGGAAAAAGAAUGAUGGUAUUAAUUACAUUCUCAAUGGUGGUACUUUUGAUCGGUCAAAAAAUGAAAUUGUUUUGAAAGUCUUAAAGGAUUCACAGAAUGUGGAUACAGAAUUUUUAAAAGAGAUGCUUUGGAGUAACACAGGAGCCACAAACUAA